AAUCAAAAAUUUAUCAAAAUCAUCGUCAUCAUCAUCAUCGAUGACCACAAUAUGUCGAACAAUGUUGAUCAAUACAACAACAACAACAAUGAUGAUGAUGAUGAUGUUUAUAAUAAUUAUUAUUAUAAUCGAACAAUGUUCAUCAUCAACAUUGCCUCAUUUUUUUUCAUCACAAAAUUCGGUAUUAACCGAUCCAUGUUAUGAUGACUCAGGGAAUCCCAAGAGAUGUAUACCUGAUUUUGUAAAUGCUGCAUUUGGCAAAGAAGUAGAGGUAUCAAGUGAAUGUGGUGAAAGACCAACACGUCAUUGUUUUAUGAUGACCAAUGAUCAAGAUCAAUUAAUACGUAAUUGUCAAUUAUGUGAUCAAAAUGAUUACCGUUAUAGUCAUCCAGCAAGCUAUCUAACUGAUCUCAAUAAUCCACAUAAUUUAACAUGUUGGAUGUCUGAACCAUUUACUAAUCAUCAUCAGAAUGUAACGGCUAUACUACGUUUGGGAAAAAAAUAUGAAUUAACAUAUAUUAGUUUACAAUUUUGCGAUAUGAAACCCGAUUCAAUGGCUAUAUUGAAAAGUAUGGAUUAUGGUGAAACAUGGCAUCCAUUUCAAUAUUAUUCUAGUCAAUGUCGAAAAGUUUAUGGACGCCAGAAUCGUGCAGCAAUUACAAAAGCCAACGAACAGGAACCAUUAUGUGCUGAUUCAAAUACUGAACCGAUAUCAGGAUCACGUGUAGCAUUCAGUACAUUGGAAGGCCGUCCAUCGGCAUAUGAUUUUGAUAAUAGUCCAGUAUUACAAGAUUGGGUUACAGCUACCGAUAUUAAAAUUGUUUUUAACAGACUAAGUACAAUGGAUUCACCAUCGCCAUCAAUACAAAAUGAUCAACCAUCCCAUGAAAUUAAAUUUUCGGGCAAAUCGAAUGAAAAUGAUGACGACGACGAUGAUGAUGAUGAUGUUGAUGCUGAUGAAGAUGAUGAUGUUGAUGGUGGUGAUAAUAAGGAUAACAACAACAACAGCAGUAAUAGAACGAAAAUAAAUCCGGUUGGCGGCAACGAUGAUAGUGGAGCACUAGCAGAUAGUAUAUUUUAUGCUGUAUCCGAUCUGGCUGUUGGUGGUCGUUGUAAAUGCAAUGGUCAUGCUUCAAGAUGCAUCGAAGAUAGUGAAGGUCAAUUGAUAUGCGAUUGUAAACAUAAUACAGCAGGACGUGAUUGUGAAAAAUGUAAAUCAUUUUAUUUUGAUCAACCAUGGGCUCGAGCCACAUCACAAGAGGCAUUGGAAUGUCAACCUUGUAACUGUAAUCAUCAUGCACGAAAAUGUCGUUUCAACAUGGAACUUUAUAAAUUAUCCGGACGUAAAAGUGGCGGUGUUUGUCUAAAUUGUCGACAUAAUACGGCUGGUCGUCAUUGCCAUUAUUGUAAAGAAGGCUAUUAUCGUGAUUCAAGUAAGCCAAUUUCGCACCGUAAAGCUUGCCGAGCAUGUGAUUGUCAUCCGGUUGGAUCAUCUGGCCGUACUUGUAAUAUUACUAGUGGACAAUGUCAAUGUAAACCUGGUGUUACCGGAACCGGAUGUAACCGUUGUGCUAAAGGAUAUCAACAAUCACGAUCACCAAUUCAGCCAUGUAUAAAAAUUCCACAAAAUAAUGAAAUAAAUUUCAUAUCUAGUGAAACAAGUCAAGAGGAUGAAGAAUCAACAUCAUCCGAAAACAGUUGUCUCGAAUGUCGGUUAUCCACGAAACGGAUCAAUAUGUUGAAAUAUUGUAGCAAAGAUUUCGCUAUCCAAGCAAAUGUCAUUUCACGUGAAACCAUUGGUGAUUGGAUACGAUUCACAAUACAGAUUGGCCAUGUGUUUAAACAUGGAAAUAUUAGGCUGAAAAAACCGAUCGACUAUCUAUGGGUGCCAAUGGCAGAUUUUUCUUGCAAAUGUCCAAAGCUCAAGAUCAAACAUACAUAUUUAAUACUCGGCACAUAUCAAAAAGAAACGUUACAAAGUUACCGUUUGAUUGCCGACCGUAAUAGUAUUGUCAUCGAUUGGGGUGAUGAAUGGCAUGAACGUAUUCGACGAUUCCAAAAACGACAGCUUAAAGGCAAAUGUAAAAUGGAGCUUGAAUAAAAAUGCAUUAAUGGAUGGAUAAAUGAAUGAAUGAAUUUUAAAUGAUAUCAGGAGAAGGAGA